GAUUGCUGCAUCUUUUCGGGACAUUGCACUUACUGCUGACACUUGGCCGGCUGGGCUUGGUGUGCGUGAGUUUGUCUCACUUCCACAACGGGCGUCCCUUCGCCGCACUGACGUGGCAUGCACUAACUCACAUGCUCAGCAAGCAUCGAACCACACCGACCGAAACAUUUUCUCACCUGCUCCCGACAUUCAGCACGCAUCGAAUCACCCCGACUCUCCUUCCUAUAUGAACUGCACUCUGACCCUCGCCUGCACCUAUGAUCACUUCAAGCGCAAGCCUGCACCAAACGACAUUUAACAAUUUUUUUACCGACUCAACCGGCACACAACAGGAUCGUCAGUGACAGGUGUGCCUUCAGCAUCAAUCGAGAAGAUCGCGACACUAAUGGGGUUAUUACACGACGGAUUUUUCAUCGGUGAUUUUCUGUCAAAACGCGUUUGACAGAUAAAUGCCGGUAUGAAAAAAUGAAUUCGUCAUGCUGAAUUCAGAUUUCGAUCGCGCUGGUUUUUUUCUGUCAAAGUGAGGAUUGUUUACAUUUUGGAUGCGUUGUUUUGCCUCGCAAUUUUCCUCCAAUUUUUUCUCCAGUUUAGUUCAUGCGAUAUAUAAGUUUAGUAAAAUGAAUAUUGAAGACGAUGUUUUGAUUAUGCUAGGAGCGUUAUUUGCUACACAAAGCGAAAGAAAGCCGCGAUCCAAAUGGGUAAAAACCAUGUAUUUAAAAAGAAGUACCCUAUCGCAUAUCAACAUGAUGGAAGAGCUGAGGCUGGAGCCGACGGAUUGGCUAAAUUACGCCAGAAUGGAUGAGGAAUCGUACAUGUGGCUUUUGGAGAAGGUCACACCGCUGAUCGUGAAGGAAGACACGAUUAUGAGACCAGCUGUGUCACCACAUGAGCGGCUCAGUGCUACACUGAGAUUUAUCAUCAGCGGCAGCUCCUACCAGUGCCUCCGUUUUCAGACAGCAAUUUCGCAGCCGCUGCUAUCGUCCAUCAUACCCGAAACAUGUUCCGCUAUCAUAACAGCGUUGAAAGAUUAUAUGCAGCUUCCUCGCAACCAAACGGAGUGGUUGAACGUAUCAAAGGAUUUUAACAACAAAUGGCAAUUUCCUAAUUGCCUUGGCGCUGCGGACGGCAAACACGUUCGAAUAAUACCUCCAUCGGGAAGCGGGUCGCAGUAUUUCAAUUAUAAAAAAUACCACAGCGUUGUGUUAAUGGCUGUAGCAGACGCUAACUACAGCUUCAUAAUGUGCGACGUAGGAGCAUCGGGAAGCAACUCGGAUGGGGGUUGUAUUCAAAACACAAAAUUUUAUCAACGGUUACUAACACAACAAUUGAAUUUACCGCAACCAACAAAUCCACCAAAUAGUGAGCUAAUCCUGCCGUACACGUUUAUUGGUGAUGAGGCAUUUAGCUUGAGGGUGAACUUUCUUAAGCCUUUCAACCGAAGGCAUUUGAAUUAUGAAAGAAGGGUUUUUAAUUAUCGGCUCUCUCGAGCACGUAGAGUGGUGGAGAAUGCUUUCGGUAUCAUGGCCUCACGUUUCCAAUUGUUUCACACGCCCAUUCAAUUGAAAAAGAUAGAAAACACCAAUAAGAUAAUAUUAACGUGUUGUUACUUACAUAAUUUUCUAAGGAAUAGGUGCGUUAGCUAUAUUGGAACAGCAGAUAGUGAUAUCACGUAUGAGAACCAUUUCAGUAGCCUCCAGGUUCAAGGUAUAACAAACCAGCAUUCGGAAGCAAAAGCAGUGAGAGAAAAAUUUGUACAAUACUUGAAUAACGAGGGACGAGUGGAGUGGCAAGAUGAUGCCGUACAGAGCGCAUUUUACGGUUAAUUUUUGUUCUACAUCAACCAAUAAAAGUUUUUUUUUUUCAAUAAAAGAUUCCGGAUGAACAAGAAUACCUAAAGGAACAUGAAAUUCACUUACCUCUUCCUCAAAGUCGCUGUCCAUACUAGAUACUCGAGGUGCUUCAGAACUAUCUUUAAGAAAAAGCAUUUGCUCAUAAUACCACAAUUUUGGUACGUAAACCUCUCCACUUCCAGCUCCACUCCGUGCACUUUUCAAUAUUUUGUUUUGUUCCACUUGAAAUGAUUUCUUCAAGUUCAAAAUCUUCUUCUUGACCGAAUCGAUACUGGCAUCUGGAUCGUGUAGUUGAACAACCUCGAGAAGCUCUCCAUAUGCCGUCUGCUUGACAUGCAAAUUUUUAAAAUUUGCAUUAGAUUUAUCCCACAAGCAAGGGUAGUUUUUGUACGCUUCAAUCAGAUCACUAAUUAAAUUGAAAU